CUGUAUUAAACAGCAGAUCAGCACUGUUCCAGCAUCUUUUCAGAAAAGAGAGGGAGAAAUCAGAGGAGUUUCCAAACAUGGCAACUUUCAACAUUAGCCGCUGGAAUGAAACCACAUCCCUCUAUCAGUAUCUUGGCUUUCAAGUGCAGAAAAUUUACCCUUUCCAUGACAACUGGAACACUGCCUGUUUUAUCAUCCUGGUCAUAUUUAUAUUUACUGUAAUAUGUUUGGUGGUACUAGCCUUUUUAUAUGAGCUGCUUGACUGUUGCUGCUGUGUUAAAAACAAAACCAUGAAAGACUUAGAUAAUGAACCCAAUCCUGUUAGAUCUAUGAUGAACAGCUUCAGAAAGCAUGAAACGGAAGUGGUGUAGUCGUGGAAUGAUCUUCAGCAUUGGAAACAAACAGAUGUUCAACAUUAUAUUGAAGCCUCUUGUAUUUUAGGACCAAGCA